AUGUCGGAAAAAUUGAGCCCAGAGCAAGUUAAUGAAGCAUUUCAAAAAUUCGAUUACAAUAAUAACGGUAUCUUGUCCCUUGCCGAAAUCGAUAAAGCAGUAAUCUAUCUCUACCCACAAUUUUCUGACAAAAAGCCUGUCCUCAUGCGAGCUUACAAAGCUGCCGACACUUCAAAGGACGGAUACAUCGAACGUGACGAAUUCCCCCAUCUCAUUGAACUUCUUUAUUAUUUCAACGAAGUCUACGAUCUUUUCCAGAAACUUGAUAAAGAUAAAGAUAAACGUGUCGAUUUUGAAGAAUUUAAAAAGGGAUAUAAACUUUUGGGAAUAACUCGGCUUUCAAAUGAUCAAAUUAAGGCAGAAUUCGACAAAAUCGAUACAAAUCAUGGAGGAUAUAUCCUUUUUGAUGAGUUCUGUAUUUAUGCUGCAAAGAAAAAAUUAGUUGAAAGUAAAACCAGUGCUUAA